CCCAGACCUGGACGGGAGCCUGGCGGGGUCAGCCCCUGACGAGCUGCCUGGCGCAUGGCUGUGUGGGGCUUAGGGGGCCGCCUGGGCCUGCUCGGGGGUGUCGGCGCCGGUAGACUACUAUGUCCCCGUUUCCAGAGCCACCGCCCCCAGGGCGUGAAAGACGGGGACGGGCCUCAGUCUUCCUUGAAGACACCCAAGAUCCCCAAGAUAUACACCAAAACAGGAGACAAAGGGUUUUCUAGCACCUUCACUGGAGAAAGGAGAUCGAAAGAUGACCAAGUGUUUGAAGCCGUGGGAACGACGGACGAAUUAAGUUCAGCUAUUGGGUUUGCUUUGGAAUUCAUCACUGAGAAAGGCCACCCAUUUGCUGAAGAGCUUCAGAAAAUCCAGUGCUUGCUGCAGGAUGUCGGCUCUGCUCUGGCCACGCCGCACUCCUCAGCCAGGGAGGCUCACUUAAGACAUGCCACAUUCGAGGCAGGGUGCAUCCUGGAGCUGGAGCAGUGGAUCGACAAGUACUCCAGCCAGCUGCCCCCACUCACAGCCUUCAUCCUGCCGUCGGGAGGCAAGAGCAGCUCUGUGCUGCACUUCUGCCGGGCUGUGUGCCGCCGAGCAGAGAGACGUGUGGUGCCCCUUGUCCAGAUGGGUGAGACGGACGCUAACGUGGCCAAGUUCUUAAACAGACUCAGCGACUAUCUCUUCACGUUAGCCAGAUAUGCAGCUAUGAAAGAGGGGAAUCAGGAAAAAAUAUACAAGAAAAAUGACCCGUCGGACCAAGCCUGAGGCACGUGGAAAUAACUCAAAGUGGGGAGAUUUGCAGACCUCUCUUGCAGGCGAAGGGUGUGUCCUUCCUGUCCUGAUUCCUGAAGAUCCUGGCCGGGGUAGGGCUGCAUGAGCCUCCUGCCCGCUCCCCUGGCCUCUCCCGGGUCACAGAGAACGUGGGAGUGAAUGAAUGGAGUAUUGCCGAAAGUCAGGUCAAGUGACUGCUGCAAGGAAGAGCCACGUAGAAAAAAAUAAAAGUGGGACAAGCUGGAGCCAUGUGCGUGUGUGUGCCCGCUGCACGCCCAGGGCCGUGGGGAUUUGGAAUGGAACCAGAGGCCCUUGGAAAUGGACUUGAGGUUUAGCUUGGCCAUGCAGACUGUAAAUGUCACGUUUCUAAAGGGGAAGGCAGAGGGGAUUUGGCAGUUUGGUAGCCUCUGAGCCACCAUCCCUGCCCGUGUGGGGGGAGGGGAGUUGGGGGGACAGGUCAGACCCAUGAGGGGUGUGCACAGCAGGAGGGAAGCCCAGAGACCAACCACCCUCCUGGAGGAGAUCCUGCCUUCCUUGGUGGGGGAGCGCUGAGGGACGAGGGGCAGAGACCUUGGUGAGAGGGAACAGCACUGCUCAGAGGAGGAUUUCUUUCUUUGCUGGUCUCAGCCUCUGAGAUCCGUGCCAUGGCUGUACUUUAUUUCUCUUGUCACCCCGCAACUGCACCCCCUGCCCCCACACGAAACAACUCUGCCAGUGCCAGCUGUGUCCUUGGGAAGGGGAUACUUAUGCAGGGCAAGGAGGUGGCCCCGAGAACGUGAAGACAGCACACUGCUAAUGGCAGGAAAUGACUCCGGAAGGGCAGGCUCUUGCGAACCUGUCAGGGCCGAGCCGCCUGGUCCGGCAGCAAUCACUCACUCACUGAGCAGCCCCAGCUCAGUGCCAGCCACCAGCCCGGCUCAGGGAGCCUGGUCACACUGGUUCCUGGCCAGCGGCUCCGCGACUGCAGAGACCAUCAGUCACGUGUGGACUUCGGCUCUCAUUGCCACCACCAUGUGCCUGCUAGUUUUGCCAAAGGAACAGGGACAGUGCAUCCUUCUGGGUUGGUCCUUGGGUUCCCAGCAGGACACGCUGACCCUCUUUAGCCAAGACGGCGUGGCCGAGGCCCCAGCGAGCGUGGGUGAGGGCGAGGGCUCCCCAGUGGCUAGCAACAGGCCUGGUACACCGCGGGUGCUUAGUACUGGGGGGCAGAGCUGAACGCCUCGAAGGCAACAGCAUGUCAGGAGGGGCUCGGUGCUCAGGCUGGGGUGGCAGGACCUCGCAGGGACAGGGACCCACUCUCCUCACUCAGUUUUGCCUGCCCCUUCAGAUCCUGCUGGAAGGAGCAGGACAUAGUUACCGAAACGACAACCUCACGCCCCUAGCCAUGGUCAGACACCCUGCAAAGAACAAGAGAAGCUCUGUGAGUCAAUACAGCAUCGAGGGAGUCUUUGAAACAAAACAGUCGGCCUAUUGCUGGAUCCCGGGCCCCAGCAGCCCUUGCCAGGCCAUCACAGGCCUGACUUUCUCCCUCCAGGUCCCCAGGCACUGUCUCAGCCUCCUCCUGGUGUUGGCCUACAGACAUUCCCCCAGACAUGGCCUGGGUGCAGGGCCCAUUAGGCAGCUCGGGGGGGGGGGGGGGGCCUCCCGCGUUGCCAGCCUGGGAAAAACAGCAGGCCAGCUCCGCAGGCCCAGAGGACGGACUGGAGGGGAACGUUAGCUCCUCUGCGGUGCCUUGCGGAGCCCAAAGCAAAAGGUAGCCUGCGCACCCCUCCAUGCACUCCUCAAAAUAGCCUCCCGUAUCUGGAGCCUGGCGGGGAAACGUGAACAUAAAACUUCGCCAUCAACACACACGACUACAUGACUAGGCACAAAGCCCUUGCGGCCUGAAGGUUUGCACGUGGCUGGGAAAGCUUCCAAGAUCUAGCCCCUUCGCACCUGAGGCAGGCUCUGGCAAGAAAACAGUGGGCUGCUUUUACUUAAAAUUAUGAGGCCUCGGGGCGCCUGGCUGGCUCAGUCGGAGAAGUGUACAAUUGUGGGGUCGUAAGUUCGAGCCCCAUGUUGGGCAGAGGGAGUACUUAAAUAUAAAAAUUAAGGGCGCCUGGGUGGCUCGGUUGGUUGAGGGACUGCCUUCGGCUCAGGUCAUGAUCCCGGACUUCCAGGAUCCAGUCCCGCAUUGGGCUCCCAGCAGCUUGGGGAGUCGGCUUCUCCCUCUGACCUUCUCCUCUCUCAUGCUCUCUCUCACUCAUUCUCUCUCAAAUAAAUAAAUAAAAUCUUAAAAUAAUUAAAAUUAAA